AUGAGCGAGCAGUGGGACGUCGGCCGGGCCCUGGCCCUCUCCGGCCUCUUCCGUCUCCUGCAGGGCGCGGGCAGGGCCUGCGCGGCCCCGUUCCUGACGCUGUACCUCCGGCACCUGGGGCUGCCGGCCCCGCUGGUGGGCGUCGUGGCCGGAGCCAAGCACCUGGCGGCAGCUCUCUGGGCCCCCCUCUGCUCCCGCUGCCCCAAGGGCCGCAGGAAGCGGCGCCUUCUGGUUGCCAGCUCCUUGCUGGGCUCGGCGGGGGCCAGCCUGCUGCUCACCCUCAUCCCACCCGCCGACGGGGAUGCGGGGUACAGGUACUGUAACGCCAGUCAGCAGCCGGGUGACCGAGGGGCCGCCACCACGGUACCCGGCACGGGCACGAGCAGCUACGGUGUUUUAAGCAUGAGUGCUACUACAAAUGCAAAAGCUGUGUCAAAAGAAACGAUGGAGACAACUGCUGACGUUUUGGUAGCGAGCAGAAAGCCAACACUAACCAGUUCAGCCUUCCAGGGAUUAUUUGGCCUUACAGAUACGCUUGAGAAAAAAGGCAGAGGGCUUGGUGAAGGUGAUACAAAGACAAAUGGCUAUUUGGAUGGUCCCUCCAGCUGGACAACUUCUGUGAAAGCAGUUAACAGGGAGACACGAGAAUCAGAAACACCGGCUUCCUACAAACCUCCCUUACGUGGACUUGAGAAGGAAAUGAGCAGUCUGGUUUCUGCUGCAAUAGAUCUUGCUGAUAAUGCUGAAGAAAGCCUUUAUGCUACUGAAAGUAAUGAGGUCUCUUUGUUUAAAACAACUCUUCCUCCUGUGGGAGAUGCUUACAUGUCUGGAAACCUUUCACACCACCAGAAGGACACUCAAGAUGUCAGCUUCGAGGCAGUGCAAAACAUCUUUCAGGACAGAGAGCAUCAGAUUUUUCUUAUGGUACUGGGUGCUGUCGUGCUUUGGGAGCUGUUGGCUACUUCUCUUGAAUGGAUAGUGGAUGAAAGUCUCUAUGAAUAUCUCGACUUCGUUGAUGCGACUGACAGGUAUGGCAAGCUGUGGAUUUGGAGUUACCUGGGUGCAUCUGUAGGUGCCUGCAGUGUUGCCGUGUUCGUGGAUCAACUGAAUUGCUUCCUCAGCAGUACAAUCGCCCGCCUCGCUGUCCAUUUCUAUGGCUAUGCCCUCCUGAUAACACUCUCGUUGCUUGUCAGUGUCUUUUUUCCCAUCCACGUUCCCAAGAAAACCGACCGUGUUAACAAAACUGCCAAAGCCCUGGCCCUACUGUGGAGCAACGGCCGAGCGACCCUGUACGCCAUCACUGUCUUCCUCACCGGCGCAGCUGGGUCUGCGGUGCACAACUUUCUCUUCUGGCAGAUGCAGGACCGAGGCAGCAGCGAGCUGUACAUGGGGCUCUCCGUGGCUGUUGGGCUACUUGCUGAAAUUUUGCUUUAUUUCUUCAAAGGGAAGUUGCUGAGGACUUUCUCGAGCAGCAAAAUUGUUGCAGUCAGUCUAAGCCUACUGGCAGUACAGCUUCUGUGCUACUCCUUCUUGUGGACUGCGUGGUCAGUUCUCCUUAUCCAGAUUUUAUCUGCCUUCAGCAGCGGUGCUUUGUGGUGGGUGGUUAACAUGAUGGUGGAUGACAUAGCCACUCCAGGCAUGGAGAGGUCCCUGCACGCUGUUCUCCAGGGCCUCUGCUACGGUGGAGGAGCAAGCUUGGGCAGUUUUGCAGGAGGAUUUGUCGUGAAGCACUUUGGCCUGGCAGUUCUGUACAGGGUGGGCUGCGUGUGCCUGCUGCUGUGGCUCUUCGUGUUCUUAAUUGUCCAAUCUAAAUUGCCGCGGCAGAAAAAAAUUAAUUAUUCUCGUCUCCUGGCUGCCGAUUCCAGUGAUAUGAGCGACUCUGACGAGGAGAAUGAGAGGGACUGGCUGGUAAAAGCUAUGAAGGAUGAAAGUUUUAAUAGGAAUUCGUCACAACAGCAUGGGAUCAACUAAUCUGUACUUGAAUGUAGGGGGUGGAGUGGUAAUGUGGUAUGAUGAUGCCCAGAAAUGACCAUUAAUUCUUAAGUGCUAAAUAUAUACAGUAUAUAUCUGACAGGACAGAUUUUUAUUUAAAAAAUUUUAUAAAUCUUUUUAUUUUCUUAAUAUAUAGUGUUCUUGUAGUAAUUAUUCCUUUUUAACGUAAUGAUUUUGCUUCCAAAAUCAUAACAAGGUAUUUCAGGUAUACAUUUGCUGAAAUGAAUGUAGCUAAGUUUUUAGUCAAAAAGCAAACUUGAAUUGAAUUCUUGCUCCCCAGAGCUGAUGCUGUGGAAACUGUGAGCGAAAGCUGUGACCUGUACUUCAACACAAUUGAAUGAAAAAUAUUGUAAUGCUAAUAGCACACUAAGCUUUUUCAAGGUGCUAUGUCUGUGAACUCCUUUCGCUGAAUAAGGGAUGUGAAUAAAAAAUGGUUCAUUUG